AUGAGCACUGUCGCACAAAAGAAGAACCAAGACAACAUGAACUCAAAGCUCACUUUGGUCAUUAAAUCAGGCAAAUAUAGACUUGGAUACAAAUCAACCAUCAAGUCACUGAGACAAGGACAAGCCAAGCUCAUCUUGAUUUCAAACAACUGCCCAGCCAUCAGAAGAACUGAACUUGAAUACUACGCUAUGCUCUCAAAGUCACAAGUUCACCACUUCGACGGAAACAACAUCGAACUCGGAACCGCCUGCGGUAGACUCCACAGAGUUGCAGUCAUGUCCAUCACUGACUCCGGUGACUCAGACAUCCUCGAAUCAGUAUGA